CAGAGGAGGCAGGGCCGACGGCAGUGGGCGGUGCGCUGGGCAGGCUCGGGCCUCCCGCUCGCCGCUGCGUUGGGACCGCGCAGCCCGGUAACUGCGCACGGCUGGCCUCCCGGAGUCCUGCGCCGUCGCUCCUCCUGGACCCAGGUUCCCAGGACAGCGCCUCCCGGAGCGCAGGGAGCAGGCCGGGGCCGCCGCGUGGGCCUGCAGCGCCCCGCCGCUCUCUCUUCCCCAGGCCCGCACUCCCACUUGGGCUCCAGGGCCCCAGGGCUCACGUUCCCCCAGCCUAGACCUUGAGUCGUUUUCCCCCGUUUCCCGGCUGAAUUAGGUUCUUCUUCUCCACAGGUGUGUGCAGUGGCCUCAGGGAUCCGGAAAGUCUAGGACUGAACCUCUCCUAACAUCCAGUAAUGGGGACCUGGAACCUGGGUGUACUAGAGUGCCGUGCUUAGGGCUCCAGGUCGCUGGCUUCUGCGCUUUCUUCCUCUCCAAAGUUGAAUAUCUCCUAUCUGUGUCCUCAUACUUACUACCGCCUGAGGUGCCAUGGCCCCCAAGCCGGGGGCCGAGUGGAGCACAGCCCUGUCUCAUCUGGUUCUGGGAGUGGUGUCUCUGCACGCAGCCGUGAGCACAGCCGAGUGUACUAAUGGUCACUUGAUGUGCGCUGGCUGUUUUAUCCACCUACUAGCAGAUGCCCGGCUGAAGGAGGAGCAGGCCACGUGCCCCAAUUGUCGUUGUGAGAUCAGUAAGAGCCUCUGCUGCCGGAACCUGGCCGUGGAGAAAGCCGUGAGCGAGCUGCCUUCAGAGUGUGGCUUCUGCCUGCGCCAGUUUCCCCGCUCCCUCCUGGAGAGGCACCAGAAAGAGGAAUGCCAGGACAGGGUAACCCAGUGCAAGUACAAACGCAUCGGCUGCCCAUGGCACGGCCCCUUCCACGAGCUGACGGUGCACGAGGCUGCGUGCGCCCACCCAACCAAGACAGGCAGCGAGCUGAUGGAGAUCCUGGAUGGGAUGGACCAGAGCCACCGCAAGGAGAUGCAGCUGUACAACAGCAUCUUCAGCCUGCUCAGCUUCGAGAAGAUUGGCUACACAGAGGUCCAGUUCCGGCCAUACCGCACGGACGACUUCAUCACGCGCCUGUACUAUGAGACGCCCAGGUUCACGGUGCUGAACCAAACGUGGGUCCUGAAGGCUCGCGUCAACGACUCGGAGCGUAACCCCAACCUGUCCUGCAAGCGUACGCUCUCCUUCCAGCUCCUCCUCAAGAGCAAGGUCACAGCACCGCUGGAGUGCUCCUUCCUGCUGCUCAAGGGCCCCUACGACGACGUGAGGAUUAGCCCCGUCAUCUACCACUUUGUCUUCACCAACGAGAGCAACGAGACGGACUACGUGCCACUGCCCAUCAUUGACUCCGUGGAGUGCAACAAGCUGCUGGCCGCCAAGAACAUCAACCUGCGGCUCUUCCUGUUCCAGAUACAGAAGUAGGGCAGGGCCUCAGGACGCCCGAGGAGCCGACGGGCGGCAUCCCAGCACCGCUGCCCUGUCCACCUGGCUGGCAGCUGCUUCACAGGACUAUCUGAUCACUUUAGCAAAGGAGGAGAACAAACGAAGCCAACACAGGGCAAGUCUGCAUGCGUGCGCGACGGGGCCCCCGCCUCCGGCUCACCCCCCCACCCCUGCCUCCCCUCCUUCCGAGGGCCACCAGAGGCUGGGCUGACCCGAAGAGGAGACGGUGCACCAGGCGCCCCGAGGCUCAGAGACGGUGGCAGCAAGGAGGCCGAGGGGCACAGCGACCCUGCCCCAGCCCUUCUGUGCGGUCAGGCGGCGGUGCUGCUCCAUCCCUGCGGGUUCCGGCCGGGCGCGGGGGCCUUGCUGACGUCAGAUGGGAUAUCCGAAUAUCUGAUAGCAAUUAAAAGGCAGCCUUGUUUCGUACUUUCUGUUUUGUUUGAGGGGAAGGCAUGGCUGUGAAUGGACAGCGUGGGAGCUUUGGUUUGGCCUGGGGGUCAGAGCCUGCCCCGUCCCCAUCUCUGUUCCCGCACACGUCCCCUGAGGAAAGACUCAGAGACACUGCCUCCCCCUACACUCUGUCAAGGGGUCUUGAGACUGAGGCUUGGGCAGGGAGAUCCAGGUAGGGUCGGGGCUGCCCUGGCCAACCGGCCGCUUCCAGGGAGACAGGACUCAGCCACCAGGGCUCAGCAGACAUUUUCGGAAAGCAGGGUGAAAUUGUCUCUUCCCAGGAAAAAGAUUAAACUCCUUGCAGGUUCUUCGAUAAGUUACACAAUUUUAGUGAGAAAGAGUCUAUUUACUGUAGAUUCAGCCUUGAGUGCCCAGCAUCCCCAGGCUGUGUGGAAAGCUUGGGUCAGUGCUUGGGUGCCUGGCUGGGUGAGAGUCUGAGGGGUGUCCCCCAUGCUGCUCUCGGGGUCCUGCUGCUGGCCCUGCAUUCAGGGCUCGCUGCAGAGGUCAGAGGUUGAGCAGCCCAGUUCUCACCUGGAGGAGGCGGGCCCUUCCCAUCCUCACUCUGGCUGCCCCGUGAUGUGCCCUGUGGUGGCUGAGCAGGGCUGGCCUAACAGGAUGGGAAGAAACCCUGCCUGGAGGGGUAAGCCCUGGUCCUUUCUUCUCCUGGGACUCUCAGGGCUACUGGGAAGGAUACAGCUUGACUCCCCCACCUUUGCUUAGAGGAUGUGGCUCUUCCGUGAUAGCUUUUUGUUGCUUCAAUACCAAAGAACUGGUUUCCUCUGCUCCAGUCAGGUGCAUUAACGUGCCUCACAGCAGCCCCACCCGCCCCACCUGGCUGCUGGGGCCUGGCUCGCAUUGUCCUGUGCUUUCCUGGUCACGGGUCGAGGGCUGAGAAAUGGAGAGGAACUGGGGGCAGCAUGCAAGUGCCAUCAUCUGGGCAGCUGACCAUGGCACAGCCCAGCAUGACCCUCCCAGUCAGCUCUUCCCUCCCAGGCCGCCGCACUGCCCCUCACAGGCUAAAACUUUCUGGGGCUGUUUCUGAGAAUCCUGUGGGUUUCUACUCCCAGGCCAGGGCGUGUGGCCUGCUGGGAGUGCCUCGCUGCUGGAGCCUUAUCUCCUGCAAAGCUGAUGUGGCCUGGCCACCAAGGGCAUGGGAAGGCCCCAUGUUUGUUUUUCUGCUAACCACAAAGAAAGACCCCACCCAGCCCCCAGCACAUCCUUGGGAGCAGCUGCCGCUGACUCUGGCACCACCAGGGUGAACUCGGGCACCUCAGGGCUGCGCUUUGGGGCUGCCCUCCCACAUGCUCCACCCGCAGGCACAGAGGGGUGGGCUAUGGCUCUGCAUCUCUUUGGAAGCCCGACGCCCUCUAGCGUAGUGUUUCUGGGUCCAGGGUGAUGGUGUGGGGGCACGGGUAGGGCAGGCUUGCCCUGUCACCUGUUUGGUUGCGUGUGUGAGAGACUGACUUAACAGAAGGACAGGCCCCAGCAUGUCUCUGGGAUGGGGAAGGUGGGAGGCUUGUUCUUCAUGGGGACAGCCAGGCUGGGACGCCAGGGGCCUGGAGGCAGCACAUCUCUGCAGGUUGGCGGGCCACAUGGAGAAAGGAGACCCGGGGCUGGUUGAGCUGCAGCCAGCCCUGUGGGAGUUCAGGAUGGGAGGGGCCGGCCUGAGGGCAAGGGCAGUGUCUACACAAGGCCCUUCAAGAUGUGGGAUGUGGGUGCCUCAAGUCUGCAAGUGCGGCCCAGUGUACUCAGCAGGUAUCUGCCCUGUGACCAUGACAUGCAGCAGCUGAGCCUUACGGCCUGGGGGAGCCAGGUGCCUGGGAGGACCACAGUGUGUCCUCGGCCACCGGGGACUGGAGCACAGGCUUCCCGUGGCAUUGUCAACGUGGGCCACACAUGACGGGGCCGCCAAACACACGGCUUGUGUCCAAGACCCUGAGACAUCUUGGCGUCCCGACCUGCUCCUUUGUCUUCUCUGAGGAUGGGGGCGUGGGGGUCCAGACUCCACAGAUGUGGGGGGCAUAGCCUAAGCCAGGCCCCACCCUUCUCCUUCCCUUGUCUCACCCCCACCCCCUGGUGAGCACCACAUUCCCUCAUUUACAAAAAUAAUAAAAAUAGGCCAGGCAUGGUGGGUCACGCCUAUUAUCCCAGCACUUUGGGAGGCCGAGGCGGGCAGAUCACCUGAGGUUAGGAGUUUGAGACCAGCCUGACCAACAUGGUGAAACCCCGUCUCUACUAAAAAUACAAAAAUUAGCUGGGCGUGGUGGCGCGCGCCUGUAAUCCCAGCUACUCAGGAGGCUGGGGCAGGAGAAUCACUUGAACCCGGGAGGCAGAGGUUUCAGUGAGCUGAGAUUGCGCCACUGCACUCCAUCCUGGGUGACGAAGUGAGAUUCCGUCUCAAAAAAAUAAUAAUUUUUUAAAGAGCAGAGCAAGAAGUGUUUUUACCAUUGUUGGAAAUGACUUAUGUGUCACUUUUGUGGUCCGCGUUCUCUUUGGAUAUUUUCUGUAUGUAACAACUGUAGUUUAAAAAAAUAUUCCAACCCA